AUGCGUUCGGCGACCAAGAGCAAGAUGUCAAAGAUCCAGAACUAUGUCCGCGAGCACGGCGAAGAUUGUCCGUACAAGCUGAACCUGGUGGAGCGUCUCAUCUGGGACACGUUUAGUGUGAAGCCGGAGGAGUACAUGAAGGAUCUGAACAUGAAGUUGUGGCGCGAGAAGCAGCAAGCAAAUUGUGGAGCAACAAGCGGACAGUACCAACCCGCGGUUGACAGUGCUGUGUCUCCUGGGUCGUCCGAAAUGUCGACCGAACAGAGUUUUGACAUGGGCUGGAAUCAACCAGGAACGACAAGUCACAACACCGGUUUGGGAGAGAAUUCCGCUUCGUGCUUCGGAUCCAUGAGUAGGGAACACAGUGUGCUAGAGUAUUCGAAUCCAACGGUUGGAGGAUUUUCUGCAUUGUCUGGCUAUAACCAGCCGGACCAGAACUAUGGAGCACAACCAUCGACAAACGUGGGCUAUCAGGGAUGCACCAGCACCGCUACGAAUCAGUGGCCCAUUACGGGAUCAUCUGAAGAUGCCUUUCAUCAUCAGACAAAGAUGACUUCACCGUCGGAUGUUGUGCCCGGAGGUAAGAUGUUGCUGGAGCUACACAAACUGUUCGAAGUGGUGCUGAAACAGAACGAAGAAAUACUCAUCUUGCUGAGACAGUCAAGCAGUGAUAACACAGCUAUACGUCCCGGCUAUUCUUUUUAA